CGUACAUUACGAAUAUAAAAUGGACACUUCAAGUAAACUGAAACGUUCAGCUAACUUUUCGGCAUCUGAAACUGAUUUUUUAGUAUCGCUUGUGAAGAAGCACAAAUCAGUAAUAGAAUGUAUGAAAACCGAUACCGUAAAUGCAAAAAUGAAAAAAGAAGCAUGGAUCAUUAUUCAAGAUGAGUAUAAUAGCCAGUCCAUUGAAAAUCCCCGUACGGCACUAAUCUUGAAAAAUAAAUAUAACAACGUCAAGCAAGUAGUAAAAAAGCAUUAUGCCGAUGAAAGGGUAUUCCGUCGGGGCACUGGAGGUGGACCAACUAGAUUGUUUCCUGAAUCACAUGUAACGUCACAGCAUUUUUUGCAUUAA